GGGCAUUGAGUGAGCGUAACGUGAUGUUUGGAUUUGAGCGUACAUUUAUUAUAAAAUAAUGUUUGGAUACUGUAAACAAAAUAUUAGAUAAUAUGCCGACAAUUGUCUGAUUUGUUAAAUUGAUGCCAUUUAUACAAUUAACAAGGUGAAGAUUUGUAAUUGUUAAUAUAUUGCAGCACAUUGUAAUGAUUAUAAUGUAAUUUAAUGUGUAAAUUAGUGAAUAGUUAUUAUUAGAUGACAUUUCUACAAGUGCUUAUUAUCAUAUAAAAUAUGAUCAUGCUAAAUUGAGUGCUAUUUACAUGAUAUGAAUGGUGUUGUGUGUUGUGUCGACCCCCACAGAGACCCCACCGCCCGGGUAUAUGAGCGAAGACGGUGACAAUCAGGAUCUCAAUGGCACCGAUAAUAUGGACACUUCCCUUAUCUCGUCUCCAUCUCCACCACUGGAUGUCCAACCGGUCACAUACACUGAGCCGGCCUUUUGGUGCUCGAUAUCAUACUAUGAGCUGAACACACGAGUGGGUGAGACCUUCCACGCCUCCCAGCCCUCUCUGACCGUCGAUGGAUUCACGGAUCCGUCCAGUUCUGAGCGCUUCUGUUUGGGGUUACUCUCGAAUGUCAAUAGGAAUGCAAUCGUCGAACAGACGCGAAGACAUAUCGGCCGAGGCGUUCGUCUCUACUAUAUCGGUGGCGAAGUGUUUGCCGAAUGUCUCAGUGAUAGC